AUGGCUUGGCGCCAGGCUGGAGCCGACUCGGGUGCGACCAUGCAGGUUAGGCCAGUUGGUUCCGACACCCUGCAACAGACUGUGCCAUCCUUGUGCUGGGAGCCCGGGCCAGUCAGAGAGCGGGUGACGGUCGAGGCGAUUGCUCUGGACGUGGCGCGAGGAGACAAUGUUUGGUGCAUUGGGCUGUGCUGUCUGUGCGAGUUCCACUUUCUGUCCCUUGACUGUGGUUUGGCCGAGGUAUGA